AAACGCCGUCGUUGCUGCAUUGUAAGAACUUUAAAUAUUUGUAGAAGACCAAAGGCAGAGCAGGCAAAGAAGGAAUGGAAGAAUUGAGGAAGCUAGAACAACUCCAAAGAACUCUUACAUUCCUGCAAUCGCGUAGCUUUGUUUCUUCUUCAUCUAUUGACUCUAAUCGGUUUCUCGCCAAUCUCAUACUUCUCUUAUUACAACCAUGCGGUGAACUGAAUCUAGACAACAAGUGCAAUUUACUUUCUGAAUAUAUACCAAAAAUUUCAGUCACCUUUUUGGAAGAAGCAUCACAAUGGGUUGCUUUGGAAACUGAUGAAAGAGAUUCUCAAGAGAAUUAUGUUGAGCUUAAUAAUCCGCCCGAUAAGACGGAUUGCCGUUCAUUGCAGAUAAACCAUGAGGAUGUAGCAAUGGUGGGACUUGAAGCAAUGGAACGGGCAAAUUCUACACUUGAGGAUUUCUGCAGAUCUUAUUUUAUGUUUCAUGGAAUCGACAUAACCAGCCCGCAAGUGAUAUUCAAAUAUUUCCCUGUCCUUUCAUUUACUGAAAGCUUCAUUUAUCAGUUAGAUGGUUUGAAUGAGAAGAUACUGUAUAUACCAAUGGAAGGAGUUACCACUCCAGAAAAAGAACUUGAGAAGGGUUGGGCUAUGAAUGUGUUUGAAAAGGAUCCAUUCAGACCACUUUUAAAUGUACUUAAAUGCCGGGGACUCCUUACUGAGAGGAUCAGAGAAGAAUUUAAGUCCGGAGAAGAGUACUGGGCUCUGGAAAGAAAGCUAUGUUCUGCACUAAUGUGCAAAAUGGAGAUCUCCAUCGAAGAUGUCAUGAGGGCAAUUCAUCUAAAGUCGUUUGACUAUCGGGUGCUGAAUCUUCUCCUAUAUCAGUUAAGAGGAGAAGAGGUCAAUGACUUGCACAUGGAAUUCCUAUCAGUCUCUGAAUUCCUGGUAGAAAUAUCAGAUGAUCUGUUUGACUAUGAGGAUGACGUAUUAGAAAAUAAUUUCAAUAUUUUGCGAAUGUUUGCCAAAGUAUACGGACCUUCUACAGCCCCAGCUAUGCUGGCAAAAUACGUAACAGAUUGUGAAGAGGGGUAUGACAAUUUAUUGAAAACUUUGGAUCCUCAGCUGUCCUUGAAAUACAAGAGAAGAUGUGAAGAAGCCACUAAAGAAGGUGGGAAGGUUUCAGGACACCCUCUUGGAACGUGGAGCAUUCCACCUCUGAUUGUGAACGAGGACUUAUAUCGAUCCAACUGUCUAAAUACUAAAUGAACAGAUUAGAAUUUGACAUUUCUAGGUCGACAUUGUCUGUUUGAAUUGUCAAAUUUAUUUGCACCGAUGUUCAUUAGAAGCCUUUAGUUUCGGAGAAGAGCAUAUAUAUUUCCUAUUCAAUCUCUGCCUCUAGCAUGGAUUUGUACUAAGCACUUGUUGGAGAUA